AUUUGGUGACAGGGGAGAGGGAGGGAGUAUAAAAGGUCAGUUUUGGUGGAGGGUGAAGUCAGGUCAAGAAGAAUUUGGUAUAGAUUGGGUAUAGUCGCGCAGGAUAUUUCACUUCAUUGCAGAUCAUGGCCGACUAUGACAUGGUUCUGAAGUUCUGGGGGCCAGUGGAGGCUGACUACAAGGCCAACGGCGGCCUGGUUCUGACCCGUUUAUUCACAGAGCACCCAGACACCAAGAAGCUGUUCCCCAAGUUUGAGGGCAUUGGCCAAGGUGAUCUGGCUGGUAAUGCAGCUAUUGCUGCCCACGGUGAGACUGUGCUGAAGAAACUCGGAGAGUUGCUGAGGGCCAAAGGCAACCACGCUGCCAUCCUCAAACCUAUGGCCAACAGCCACGCCACAAAGCACAAGAUACCCAUUAAUAACUUCAAGCUGAUUACCGAGGUCAUUGUUAAAGUCAUGGCGGAGAAGGCGGGACUCGAUGCCGGCGGGCAGCAAGCCCUGAGGAACGUGAUGGCCGUUGUCAUCGCUGACAUUGACGCCUCCUACAAAGAGCUGGGCUACACCGGCUGAAGAUUACAGUCCCAUGAGUUGAGCUGGGGUCAGAUGAUUGACAAGAAAAUUUCCCACAUGCAUGUCCUUUUUUUGAAAAUGAAACAGUUUAAUCCUCUGUAUAGAUACAUUAACUAAUUUACAAUUAAAGGAAAUCCAUUACAGCAUCACCCUACGAGUUAAAGAACAUAAUAAGCUUUACAAAUAUAUCUUUUAUUGCAGUAUUAUUGCACUAGAUUGUGUUAGAUGGUAAAAGUUUUUCUGUCAUUGUCAGUCCCUCCAGGCAGUUGCGAUCGCAACAAUAAAAAGCAAAUUUGAAAUUUUGUCCUUUCAACGAAUCUUUUCUGCAAAUUUGACCAAUCAUUGUAGUUUCCUACUCAAAACUUUCAGCCAUACAUCAAACUUGUUUAUCCUGUCCAAACAUUGUCAUUUUUUCCUCACUGGAUCAAGUUACCUUCGAUCUUUAAUGAAUUGAAUGAAUGAAAAAUCCCCCACAAUUGCACCCAUUUUUUUGCAAUUUUCACUUUGUCUCACAGUUUCAUUGGAAAAAUGCCCCAAAACAUGGCAACAUGCAUUGCAAUCUUUUAUAAAAACUGCCAUGAAUGAAAGUAUUUUUAGGCUGCAAGAAUCCCCUCAAAAAGCCUGUGAAAUCCUGCUGUAGCUGCUUAUUAAUUAACAUGUUCUUUAUUUUAGUUAAAUGAGAUUAAUCUUUAGGAUUCUUGUCUAACAACAUACUGUAAACCCUUGUCACAUAUUAACAAUAAAAUUCUGUCUCUCUAC